ACGAAUUGCACAUUUCACAGAGUAGGCAUUCCCUGACGGAAAUAUGCAGGUAUAUGCUAGGACGGGCCAAUAGGAUCUCGUGUCUGGUUAUGACCCACCCCCCCCCGGUUUCCUGUUCUGCCCACUAUGACUCAUUUGUUCCCGUUUGAAAUGAUAAACAGUGGUCUAUCUUGGUUUAGUUAUACAAAUAUUUUACUAAUAGGCUCCAUUUGGCAGGAUUUCGUUUAGACUCGGCUAUUUUAACGAGAACAUGUUAUAAUGUUUAAUCUUCCUCCGUAUCGAAUAACAGUAAUAUUGAUACAAUGUUUCCCCUGCCUACUGUGUUGUUACAAUGUUUACACCACAAUGUUCGCCAGUCAUUACUCCUGUUAGGCUACAAUUUUAUAACGUUUCAUUUGACAGAAAGUUGGUGCGUGAUUUAUAGUAGUCCGGGUAGCAAUGGGUUUAGUUCACUUGCUUCCUAUUUUUAGCAGCUCUACGGAUGCCUGUCAUUUUGUCGCGCUGGAGCCUAAGCAAUUAAUACGAUGUAACAAGCCAAUUUCUAAGGAUACAAAGGGCGUUUUUUUUGGAUUUAUUGUCUAAUGGUCAUUUGAUCGCCGAGGCAAAAAAACAACAUAUUUUUGGUUGGGACCUAGUUGAAUGUUGAGGAGGUUUCUAUAAAUGUUUUUUUCUCGUUUGAACCGUUGAGCGGCGCAGAAGGCUACAUCCUCCGCUUUAUGAUGACAACAUGGCUUCCUAUUCUACAACAUUAAAACAAAACGACAUUAUUGUUUUGACAAACUAAUUCUAAUUUUUCUGCAUAAGUCUAAUUGUGAGACUGUAAUAUUUCCCCACUAAGGACCGAUUAUGGAAUUCCAUUACUCGGGUUUCAAGCUAACGGGCUUUCAGUUAUUUUUCUCCUGAAGGCAACGGGACUACUUAUUCAUUUAUUGUGUGGAGCCUCUCCUCCCUGAGUCGGGGAUAGUAGCAGAUAUCGAGGUUGAGAGCAUCCUCCCUUCAGAUUCUGAUACCUUCUACCAGCUGAAGAGCCAGCCCAUCACUCUGAGCGUGUCCCAACCCCCCUCUGACACAGCGUCUCCAUCCACCGGGUCGGUGAUGACGUCCCGGGUGUUGAUGAGGCAGGAGCUGAUGCGCCAGCAGGCCAGGGACCAGGAGAGGAGAGAGGCCCAGCACCAGGUCUCUUCGGCCCAGCUACGCACCACCGACUCCUCCCCAGCCAUCUCCAUGGCCCCGGGGCAUACCGGGGCCAGACCUCCCCCUGCUCAGGUCCCUGUGGAGGUCCUUAAGGUUCAGACACACCUGGAGAACCCAACAUGGUAUCACAUCCAGGCCUCCCAGAGACAGCAGGUUAAACACUACCUCUCCUCCACCCUGGGGAACAAACUGACCAAUCAGACGCUGGGCGCCUCCCCCUCGCCUCAGUCCGGCUCCGCCCCCUCUCUCCAGCCUGCAGCCAGUAGCUCUCCCAGCAGCCCAUUGGCUGUGCUCAGCCUGAGCUCCAACAAAGAGGAGAUGGAAGACGUGAUUGAUGACAUCAUCAGUCUUGAAUCCAGUCUCAACGAUGAGUUCUUUACGUUGAUCGACCCUGGCCAACAGGUGGCCAACACGAUGCCGGUGUCAGUGAACAUGCUGGAUGUGUUCAGUAGUGGAGGGAUGGCUGCUCCCAACAUCACCGUGUCCAACUCCUGUCCUGCUGACCUGCACACCGUCAAGACUGAGUUAACCGGUACAGAGGUGGAGGCUAAAGCUAUGAUGAAGGAACGACAGAAAAAGGACAAUCAUAACCAGAUUGAGAGACGGAGGAGGUUCAACAUCAACGAUCGCAUCAAGGAACUGGGAGCUCUCAUCCCCAAAUCGAGUGACCCACCCCCCUGCUACGGAGACAGGGAGACGCGUUGGAACAAGGGCACCAUCCUGAAGGCGUCUGUGGACUACAUUAGGAGGCUGCAGAAGGAGCAGCAGAGAGCCAAGGAGGUGGAGACCAGACAGAGGAAACUGGAGCACAGCAACCGCAGCCUACUGCUACGUAUACAGGAGCUUGAGAUGCAGGCCCGCCUCCAUGGCCUCUCCACCCCAGCCUCUUCCUCCCAAGGCAGCUCCUCCUCACACCUAAGCCUAUCACAGUCCCUGGACCCCGGCACGGGCGACGCCCUCUCCAGGACCCUCCUCUCCCUGAGUGGUGGCCAAGGCCUCCAGGCCGCCUCCCCCUCCUUCCUGUCUCCACCCCCCUCGGCCUCUCCGGUUGGUCUGAUGACAGUGGGCAGCCCCUUGGAUCUGGACUCUCUGAGCUUCUCUGACCUGGAUGACCCGUCGGCCGCAGCCUUCCACGCCUCCCUGCUGCCGGACAUGGGUCUGGGGGACAUCCUGAUGGACGACAGAGGACUGGGGAUGUCCUCUGUUGGGGGCAGAGACCCCCUGCUCUCCUCCGUCUCCCCGGGAGUCUCCAAGACCUCUAGUCGCAGGAGCAGCUUCAGCAUGGAGGAAGAUUUGUGACUGAUGUAGACCCUAGACACCCUAGCCCCUACACUGUUAGGGAGGAACACAUUCAGCAUGAAGGAAGACCUGUGACUGGGUUGAGUCCCAAACCAACUCCUAGACCCUACACUGCUAGGGAGGAACAUAAUCAGCAUGGAGGAAGACCUGUGACUGGAGCUGAGUCCCAAACCAACUCCUAGACCCUACACCCUACACU